CGGAAUAUGUUCACCAUCAUCGUCAUCAUCACAAUUCUAAUUCAUUCACCAAAAAGUUCUUCGCCCCUUCUUUGUCCCCAUUCUUUCUCUUUAAUAUACUUUGUCCAUAUUUUCCUCUUUCUCUUCCUAUCAAACAUCCAUGGCUUCCUUGUCUUCUAGUACAAAACAGAGCAAUAAUAACCAAGAGGUUGAUGAGAAACCAAUACCACACGAUCAAAACGUUCUGCAAAAGCACGUUGCGUUCUUCGACAGGAACCACGAUGGCAUCAUAUACCCGUGGGAGACUUUCCAAGGAUUUCGAGCAAUAGGUUGUGGGUACUUAUUAUCGUCCGUUGCUGCUAUUUUCAUCAAUGGAGGUCUCAGUCAGAAAACCCGCCCGGGAAAGUUUCCUUCAAUACUGCUACCAAUUGAAGUUCAAAACAUCCAUAGAAGCAAGCAUGGAAGUGACUCUGGUGUCUACGAUAGUGAAGGAAGGUUUGUUCUUUCAAAAUUUGAAGAAAUUUUCAGCAAGCAUGCUCGAACACACCCAAAUUCUUUAACAUCUGAUGAAUUGAUGGGGAUGCUUGUGGCAAAUAGAGUUCCUAAGGAUUACGCUGGAUGGCUUGCUAGCUACACGGAGUGGAAGAUCCUAUAUGUUCUUGGCAAAGACAAGGAUGGUUUACUGCACAAAGAGACUAUUCGAGCUGUUUAUGAUGGAAGCCUCUUUGAAAAAAUGGAAAAGGAACACUCAGACAAGAAAGCGAAAUAAAUAAAGAUUGACAUGAAUUAUAUAAGUUGGGACAUGCGUCUUUGUGAAUUUCUUGUUGAGUGCCUUGAAAGUGUUAUUUAUGGUGUAUAUUCCUAUUGGUGUAUGAACUUAAGUUACGUAUUAAUUGUUUAAUGCAAAUGAUUUUAUAUUUAUUUGUUA